ACCAGAAUCUCCCUGGGAAGACCUACAGCCACACUACGUGGAAAGGUCUCUCUGUCUCCAGCAGGCAUGACAAACACACAAGGUCGAGGUAUAUUUCCACCCAGCUUCUCCGUUGUCUUCCUCCUCCUGCAGCUUCUGUCCUGCAGCGUCUCUGCAAACGGGAAAGCUGAUUUCUAUGUCCUUGGACCUGGCCAACCAGUCCUGGCUGUGGUGGGGGAAAGUGUGGAGUUGCAAUGCCGUCUGUCCCUCAAUAUCAGCGCAGAGCUCAUGGAGGUGCGGUGGUACAGGGAGCAGGAGUCCCCAGCUGUGCACCUGCACAAGGGAGGCAGGGAUGUGCCUGAAGAGCAGAUGAGGCAGUACCAGGGCAGGACGACCUUUAUGACUGCCGGGCUGACCCACGGCCGAGCCGCACUGACCGUACACAACAUCACCGUGUUCGAUAACGGGACCUUCCACUGCAAGUUCAAAGAUGAUGUGGUGUCUGAGAACACCACACUGUGGCUGAGGGUGGCAGGGCUGGGCUCUGAGCCCAGAAUCCAAGUGCGAGCUGGCCGGGGUGAAGGUAUCAGGGCAGAGUGCACCUCGGAGGGCUGGUACCCAGAGCCCCAGGUGGAGUGGAGAGACUUCAGGGGACAGGCCGUAUCUUCCAUGACCAACCUCACAGUGUCGCCAACAACGGGCCUCUUUGCAGUGGUGUCCAACGUGACCGUCCAGGACAGGGACGUGGGGGGCCUCUUUUGCUCCAUCUCCAGCCCCCUCCUCCAAGAGUGGAAGGAGGCCAAGAGCCAACUUCCCGACCCUCUUUUAGAUCAUUUGUCCAAAAGUUUCCUGUCAAUGGCAUUGAGGACAGUGCUGCCUGUGAUCCUCACUGUGGUGGGGCUUGUAGCUCCUGGAGCCAUCUAUCUUAUGCGGAAAUGUCAGAGAGACAGGAAUAGAGUGCAGCUGGAAGAAGCAAGACAGUGAAAAGAAGAGGAGGAGCAGCUGUCCCCAGGCUGGCCAGAGGAUGUCAUCUACGUGAGCCCAUCCCUGGACCCAGACACUGCAAGCCCCAAGCUUGUUCUUUCUGAGGACAGGAAGACUGUGAGGCGACUGCUCUUUGAACAGGAGCAGCUCGACACCCCCGGCAGAUUCAACCUGGACCCCUGUGUGCUGGGCCGGGAGCAGUUCUCGGCUGGGAGGUAUUACUGGGAGAUCCAGGUGGGACGCAGGAAGGCCUGGAACUUGGGCGUGUGUCUGGAGAGCUUGGAUCGGAAGGGAAGGAUCCCCAAGGCACCCCAGCAUGGGCUCUGGGCCCUGGAGCUAUAUAGGAAGGCAUUCUGGGCGCUUGCCUUCCCGAGGGUUCGCCUGCACCCUUCGGAGCCCCUGCAGCGGGUGGGCAUUUUCCUGGACUGUGAUGCAGGCAGUAUCUCCUUCUACAGCGUAGACAAUGGAUCCCUCAUCUACGCGUUCUCUGGACUCUCCUUCUCAGCACCCUUAAGGCCAUUCUUCUGCCUCUGGACACACGACCCCAGUCCCCUGACCAUCUGCUCAGAAAGCCAGCCCACAGAGUCCUUGGGGUCGCCUCAGGGUGGGGGACAGAACAGGGAGACCAGCAAGACCCAUGAUCUCUCUGUUCCAAAAGGUCGCACACUGAUGGCACCAUUGUGCUCCUGGCUAGCUGGACCCCUAGAGGAGCUGCACACGUACCAGGCCUCCAUGCUCUUGGCUUGGCUGGACCCUUAG